AACUGUCUUCACACCUCACCCGACUGGCCCGUGUCCGCGUCGGUAUUCUUGCGUUAACUACGUAGGGCCUUGGGAAAAAAAAGAAUCCACCGUGCGACUUUCACUGACUGUGACACGGGGAUGUCCUUCCUUGAAGCCUCGGAUGAUCACGAACAACAAGACUGCAGUUAGCCACUGGAUGAGAGAGUGGUUGAUUACGGAUGGUUCAUCAGCAGGUCCUGAGCUGGCUGAUCUCAGACCAGAGGGGAAACUUAAUUUUUGCUGUGGCCUGAAGGCAUUAUAAUUCCUGAGAUGUCAAUGAGACGAGGAGAAGGGAUGUCCAUCGCUCAGGCUUUGGCCAUGACUGUAGCAGAGAUACCCGUCUUUCUCUAUUCCACAUUUGGGCAGUCCAUAUUUUCCCAGCUGAGGCUUACACCUAGCCUGAAGAAGGUGCUGUUUGCCACAGCACUGGGCAGUGUGGCUCUAGCUCUCACUGCUCAUCAUUUAAAAAGGCGAGGAAGAAAGAGGAAGCAGGGAACACAAGAAAAGGAUGGCCAGAAGACAGUGGGAAUACCAGAGUCGCUCAUGAAGACAGGACGGCCCUCAUCAUUAAAGAGAGCCCCAUUUACUGGUCGACAGAUGAUGAGUCCCAGCACUCGAAGCAAUGAUACGAUGAGUGGAAUUUCCUCCCUCGCUCCCAGUAAACACUCAAGUUCAUCACACAGCCUGGCAUCUAUGCGAGUCCCAAGCUCUCCAAAUCAGUCUGCCAAUCCAUCCACACCUUGGGAGGCAGAGCCUGUGGUGGAAGAGUCAGGGGCGGUAGAGGACGCUAAUGCAGAGAAUCUCUAUUUAAUGGGCAUGGAGCUGUUUGAUGAGGCUCUUCGAAAGUGGGAACAGGCACUGAAUAUUCGCCAUCAACCCCACUCAACAUCCAGCAACAACAGCCUGGCUCUGCAGGGAGCAACAUGUGGAGACGUUACCACGGGUGAAGCCCGAAAUAAAGUGUUUGCUGAGAAGUUAGAGACACUACUGCACAGAGCGUAUCACCUACAGGAGGAUUUUGGGAGCAGUAUCCCAGCAGACAAUGUGCUGGCAGACUUUGAAAGUGAAGGAACGCUAAUCUUGCCUCAAGUGGAAAGUUUCCAUAGACUGCAAGAGGACGAUGCUACUACUGUCACUUCUGAUGACUCCUUCUUUUCGGCUGCGGAGCUGUUAGAUCCCAUGUCUCUAGGGGAGGUCUAUCAGCCAGCAGCCCUUUAUGAAGAAGCCCUGUCUCUGGUCCAUGAAGACAAAGUGGCCUAUAGGACCCUGAGGACUGAACUACUUGAAUGUUAUAGUGACCAAGACUUCCUUGCCAAGCUUCACUGUGUGAGACAAGCAUUCCAGAUCCUAUUGUUAGAUGAAACUCAUCGUACGUUUUUCAUGGAGACCGGAAAGCAAAUGAUUGUUGGUUUAAUGAUAAAGGCGAACAAAAGCCCCAAAGCUUUUCUAGAAAGCUAUGAAGACAUGCUGCUGUACACUCAGAGAGAGGAAACGUGGCCCAUCACUAAGAUGGAGCUGGAGGGUCGAGGAGUGGUUUGUAUGAACUUUUUCGACAUAGUGUUGGACUUCAUCCUGAUGGAUGCAUUCGAAGACCUGGAGAGUCCUCCUGCCUCUGUGGUGGCUGUGCUCAGGAAUCGCUGGCUCUCUGACAGCUUUAAAGAAACGGCUUUGGCGACUGCUUGCUGGUCCGUCCUAAAAGCCAAAAGGCGUCUUCUUAUGGUUCCUGAUGGAUUUAUCUCCCACUUCUAUGCCAUAUCUGAGCAUGUAAGCCCAGUUUUAGCUUUUGGCUUUUUAGGACCCCGGCAGCACCUGAGUGAAGUGUGCACAAUUUUUAAGCAACAAAUCGUGCAGUACCUUAAGGAUAUGUUUGACCACGACAAGGUCCGCUUCACCUCUCCACAGUGUUUGGCCGAGGACAUCCUGAACCUUUCUCACCGCCGAAGUGAUAUUUUACUUGGGUAUCUGGGAAUCGAUAGCCUUCUUGAGAUCAACGGUGCCCUGCCCAGUGACCAACAGGGCUCUUCAGGGACCAACUAGGAGGAGUAGGGUAACAAAGAGCUUCACUGGGCCUUGUACCAGCCAACAGUAAAGAGGCUGAUGAGUUGGGAACAGCAAGAAGUCAUAGCUGAACAGUGUGUCGAUAUUAAGACUGGAAAGAAUCAUCCUCCUGUGAUACACUGAGAACCAGCAUUAUUCAUUUAUUCAUCCGUGUUUCAUUAAACAUGACGGCUUAAGUAGGACAUACUUUCACUAGUUCUACAAAGUCAUUGGUCCUUGUACUAAGGAGUGAGUGUAACGAUCCCACCUCUUUUAUGUUGCUGCUGUGUAGUCAUCGAGAAUACAGACUGCAGUCAUGUAAUGACAGACGUGCAAGGACUUGUCUUUGCCUUGUUGGGUGAGUUCUUGAAAACAGGCCUGACGGGAAGCAUUACCAACCCAUGAAAACUGUGCCCGCUACACUUUUACUCCACAUGGAUUGAGGGCUUUCAGAGAACUCUUCAUCACCUCUGGAAUUAAGGGGAAUCAUGGUGUGGGAAACAGCAUUUUGUGUUUUAUUUUAAAUUAAGUAAGCUAAAUGUUUAAAAUGAUGAGAUUUCCUGAGAGUUCUUGAGCACUUUGGCCAACUGAUUAUUAGUGCUGCUGGUUAAUGCAAAAUGGGGUGGGUUUGUCUCCACACUUGUCCUUAAAUCCUCUUUAAUGUCUUUAUUUAUUUUCUCCACUUUUGGUCAAUCGAGCUUAAAAUGUGGUGAAACCAAGAAAGUCUGUUGAAUGCAAAAAGACUUGAAAUAGUGUAGGGUUCUGGCAUGUUACUCAUGUUUGACACCAGUGUUCACAGUUGCAGUAAACAUGAGUGUUUGAAGAAGCAUGUGCUAAGGGAUUAUGAAGGUUUACUUUUUAUAAAUUACAACGCAAAUAUUCAGAUUUAAAUGGCAACAAAAAACAAAACAACACUCCAAACACAAAUAAGAGUGUGAGAUGUGAAAUACCUGUCUGAAAACUAUUACAUAAAACACAACAGUUUAGAAGACGCUAAAGACAAUAAACAAUGUAAGACUUGAGUUCUCUUGAUUUGUAUUUGCUAAUUCUAAAGUCUGAAUCUGAGACAUUCUCCCAGUUUAAUUGCUUAAAAACAUUUGGGUCUAAAAGUGUCCAGUCGCAAGUUGUACCAAAUAAGCCUUUAACAAAGUGGAUACUACUCACUUGUCCUAGCAGGGAAAGUACGUGUUACUAAUGGUACCAGUAGCGCUGUGUUGUUCACACGACAUGAACAGUAGAGUCUUACCGUGGCAGUUUCACUGGUUAACAUUAAAAAUGGCUUUAAAGUAGGUGAGCCAGUGUUGGGGCCCGAGCACUGUGCAUGUUUGCUCACUCACUCACUAUCACACCUUAAAAGCACACCUACUGAAUCAUUUAUGUUUUUGUUUACAUCUAUACUUUCAGUGAUAAAAGCUCGCUGUGGGGUUGUUGUUGUUGUUUUUUUGUGUAAGAAGGUGGACACCUGUGGAGAUCUUGCUUAGAAAAAAUAUAUGUAAACAGUGACACAACCUCUAAAUGAAACAUUGCCAUUUAGUAUUCUUAGGAAGGAUAUUUCUGAUGUUAUAAAGAUCUGUAAUGAAGAACAGGGCAUUGUACAGCUGGACUGUCAUCCACAUAAGUGCACUGAUGAUAACGUCUGAGUCUGCUUUGCUAUCCAAAGUACUGUGAACUUGUUAUUGAAUGGCAUUUAUUCCGCAAUUAUCGCAUCGAUUACACCACUACUGCACAGGCGCAUUUCUGAUACGCAGAUAUAUACAAAGUAAAUCGUCUUCAUGAAAUUGAAUUUAAAGAUUAUUUAUUUACAGAGAAGCACAGUUGUCUGAGGGGAGGAAAAAAAAUCUCUCUGAAUACUUUGGGCCGUUUUAGUGUCAGUAGUUUAUCUUAUGAGUCCAUACAAGUGUAUUUCUUGUGGCAGUGAUAAUCCAAAUCAAAGUCUCUUAAAUUAAGAGCUUUUAUUUUCUUUUAUUUUGAUUCAGUAUUUGCAGGGUUAUUUGGUGUUUCUGUCUAACAUGAACCAAAACUGUAAAUUGAGCUUUUACAGAAAAUCAUUUGGUUCCUCAUUGUGACAGAUGAGCAUUUUGCACUUUAGCAGAAAAAUCCAAGAAUGUCCAAUAACCCUUUUUAAUAGCUGUUGAUUUAUUUGUUGCAUCAAAGGACUGACAUAUUAUUGAUAAUAAAGAACAUAAAUGUUGUACAGUAGAGAAAUUAUCUUUCCCAGAUCACUAUACAUAUGAUUAUUGUUAAUCUGCUAUCUAGGUUUUGUUUAUGUGUCCAUCUUGUUCAAAUUCUCCCCUUUUAACUGUUCUAGUAAUUUUUAUACCAAUAUUUGUCAUGCAGGUAAAUGCUGUUAUGGAAAAAUGCUUCUGUUUAGUUUUGUGUCCAUAGAUUGGUCUGCUUUUUCUCAGAAAUACAUCAGUGUAUAAUGCUACUUGUAGACCCAGGCUUAGCCUUUAGCUGUAAGUUUUAAAGAUCCCAGAUUACCAAUAUUUAGGAAUUUCUAAUUUAAAAAAAAAUUAUGCAUGGAGUCUUCUUAACAUAUAUUUGAUGCAAGAAUUUCAGGUGGCCAAACUGUAGAGAAAGAUUGGUUUUGUUUUGAAAGUCACUGCUAUGUUUCAAGUGUCCUACUCAUGCCUUUUGUCUUUUCUAUUGUUAAUCAACAGCAGAAACUCUGAUCUGAUUUUAAUUUUCCAUAUUAAAUGUUAUUUUUUUUUU